AUGGUGUCUACUACGACACAAGAGGUACUUAUGUACCCUAAGCUUGCUGUCGAAGCCCUCCCACUCUCCGCCGUUGAACGCAUCUUCCAUCUUGCCAGAAUAGAGGACACGGACUGGGAGGAUACAGACUGGGCGCUACUUCGGGCUCCGCUUGAGAUUGCAGACCACUGUACCACCAUUCUGAAAAUGGUCGAAGCUGCAAUUUCCAGGUCAGAUGGAAGACCUGAUAUUGCUGUGCGGCUUCGCCUAGGUAUUCUUCUUACUACUAUCUAUGCCACGCCUCCCAACCCACACUCUCCUAACUUAACUCCAAUCCCCAUGUCAUCAAAAUCUCCAUUUUUAUUCGGACCUGUUGUAUACAAGGAGAAAACGCACCAUCUACAAGGGUCCCCUGAUUGGUUUCUUUGGUACGGUCCGUAUGCAGAGAAAGAAAAGGAAAAUGUGGCCAUCAACUCAGUCAUCGUCGAAACAGAACAUGGCCGAUCUACCGACGGCGUACCUCAAGCUCUUGCUUAUAUGGGCAUGAUUCAUACACAGCGCCGGGCUGAGGGUAAGGUUGACUCUUCAGUUUUCGGUCUCUCUACCGACAAUGACCAGUUUCAUUUUCUUACAAUCGAUGACAAAAGUGAAUGGUCUCAACUAGACCUGAACUAUGUUCACCAUUUUCAGGAAAUUGUGGAAAGACUUGCCUACUUCCAUAAGCACGCCUCGACCCUAUCCGCUUCCGAUCACAGUGAUGAGCCACAAAGAGCCCAAUCGGUAUUCCACGCGGAAAAUCGCGGAAUCUAUGCGGUGCUGGUCGCUUUUUCAAGCAAUAAAUAG